UAUAAAUCCACACGCUCUACACUAUUUACAUGCACACUUCAUUUUAUUACAUAAUCUAAACUAGAUAAGUCACAAGACAGAAAGCAACUGCUCUUUGUCUCUGCAAUACACUAAAUAAUGGAGAAAAAACAAGGCUUCUUUUCUGCAUUAAAGCAAGAAGUCGUAAGAGGCCUCUCUCCGGGAAGAACUCGCCGGAAAAGCAUUUCCGGCGGGUCAGUCUCGGGUUCUGUGACCCGGAAAAGGGUGACCCAGGUAGCAAUGCAGGAGUUUCUGGCCGAAAAAUCCGGUGGGCUCAGGCCUGUUGAAGCUUUGGCGCCAUUAAGAGAAGGCCCAGAUACAGAGGAAGGAAUGGACGGUCGAGAUUGGAAGUGGGGUCAGUGGAUGAGGGCCCCACUGAGCCGUGCACCGUCGGAUUUGAGGAUGCUUAUGGGUGUGUUGGGGGCGCCUUUGGCUCCUGUGCAUGUUAGCUGGAAUGAGCCUUUUCCUCAUCUUAGCAUCAAAGAUACUCCCAUUGAAUCUUCAUCUGCUCAGUACAUAUUGCAACAGUACAUAGCAGCAUCGGGAGGGCAGAAAUUUCACAACUGUAUUCACAAUGCAUAUGCAACGGGGAAGGUGCGGAUGCUAGCCUUUGAUAGUGAGACAGCUGGAAAAGCGGUUAAGAGUAGAAAUUCCUCUAGAACAACAGAAUCUGGUGGCUUUGUUUUGUGGCAGAUGAAUCCAGACAUGUGGUAUGUUGAGGUUGCACUUGGUGGUAGCAAGAUUCAUGCUGGUUGCAAUGGGAAACUUGUAUGGAGGCACACACCAUGGCUUGGUUCACAUGCUGCUAAGGGUCCUGUUAGACCAUUGCGCCGUGCUCUUCAGGGUCUUGACCCACGAACAACUGCAAAUAUGUUUACUAAUGCAAGAUGCAUAGGUGAAAAAAAGAUCGAUGGAGAGGAUUGUUUCAUCCUCAAACUUAGGGCUGAUCCACAAACUUUGAAAGCAAGGAGUGAAGGUCCAGCAGAGAUCAUACGACAUGUCUUAUUUGGCUAUUUCAGCCAGAAAACAGGGCUCCUCCUACACUUAGAAGACUCUCAUUUGACUCGUGUGCAAACCAUUGGCGGUGAUGCUGUUUAUUGGGAAACCACGAUCAAUUCAUUUCUGGAUGACUAUAGGUCUGUUGAGGGAAUCAUGAUUGCUCACUCAGGGCGGUCAGUGGUUACCCUUUUCAGGUUUGGAGAAACAGCAAUGAGUCACACCAAGACGAGGAUGGAAGAGGCAUGGACAAUCGAAGAAGUUGCAUUUAAUGUUCCAGGUCUGUCAUUAGAAUGCUUCAUUCCUCCUGCUGAAAUAGGACAUAGUUCUAGCAGUGAAACAUGUGAGAUUCCCCAGAACACAAGAGCAAAGAAUACCGUUGCAGCUGCAGCUCAUCGAACCAAAUUUGCAACCAGUAACAGAUUUUACAUUGAUAAUAGAUAUGCCAGAAAUUAGUUAUAACUUAUAACGUGUUGGAAAAAUUCCACAUGUUAGGCUAUAUCUAGAUUCUUGCAAGUUAGAAUUGCAAUUGGCAGAGGUUUUGCAAAUUGAUUAUGAUUCUCCAAAAAUAUGUAUAUAUUUUCAGAAUGUGCCGAGUCUGGUAAUUCUUUCAACUAUUACUUGGGAGUUCCAUUUUCAACUGAGGACACUUCUGACGCAUGGUAUGAAACAGUCCGAUGUUUGUUA